AUGGGCGCACGCCCUGAAGUCGAGAAACCCAUAUCUAAAAAGAGCCUCAUCCCGAGCAAGGCUACUUUUGGUCGUCCAAGCGCUGCCGCCGACUUCGGGAGUGACUUGUCUCCGAAAGAGCCCAAUCAAAACAGCCAACUCGGACCGAGCCACAGUAAACUUGUUGUCUCCCCUUCAAGACAACCUCCCACAAGCGGUCCGCUACCCAAGGUGCCCCGAACUGUGCACCAGUACCCCAGCAUUUCGCUCUUCCUCAAUGCAAACGAGAGCAAAGUAUUUAGGGUGUCUAAACAGCUCCCACGAGAAUUGGAAGAAGAUACAAAGGCUUCUCCGCAACCUGGUUGCAAGGAUGUCACGCAUAGACCCACCAGAUACUGUAACACAGCUAUAGCUGCGCUCAGUGAGCCAUCGAAAACAAUAGAGAGCUUUUCUCUUUCGAAGAGGAUGUCGCAGAUUCCGGAAGAUGGCUCCCAAGAACCAAACAUUGAAGCUGGUUUGCGUGCGUCGAGGCACUUGACAGAUGGUGAGGAUACAAAAGCACGCAGGCAUAUGCCGGUGGAACUGCACCACUAUCCAAGCGUGUCAAAGCUUUUGCAUGCGACCGAGAGUCAAAUCUUUACCAAAUCUACCAAAACACCUCGCGAGACGCCAGCUGCGAUCGGCCGAGAAGAGCUUGGCAUUGAUGGCGUCGACAAGUGUCUUGCUACAAGAAAGACUUACGUUGCACAAAGACAGGGGACCCUCAAGGCUGGUGUAAUGAAGAACGAGAAUAUCUGUACGCCACCUGCCCAAGCAUGGGAUGCUUUGACACGGCAUCAAAUCGUUGAAAAGUCGUCGGGGUACGCCAUCGAUACUGUCAUCGCACGCCCUCACAAACCAACCAAAAGAUCUCGACCUCUGUCAAGCAAUUCUUUUAUGGUAGACGACGCAAGCGAGGACCAAGUCUUCAAGAGAAUGAGUCUAAUCCCUCUAGACAGCCCAAGCAGAACCGUUGGCGACUAUGAAGACUGGUUGCAGCUGGCCAGCAGUACCGCCGAAGACCGUGAGAGCGAUGUUGAGCUCGAAGAGCUAGUUACACCGACGCCACGACCUAGAAUAGGUCGAAGGCUUUAG